AGUCUCAGCUUAACUUAACCAUGGUUAGAGAAUUUGUGACCAAGACUCCCACCGCCUUGUUUGUCCGUCUCCUCCCGCUUAUUUAUACCCCCACCCUCUGUCAAAUGUUAUAGUAAAAUCGCCUUGUGUAUAGAAGCAGCGUGCUCAUCAAGGUAGAGAAGAAAAAGAAGGAAAAAAAAAAGAAAGAAGAAAAAGUAUUUUUGUUUCGUGGUGGUUUAAGAUUUCAAAGCAAGCUAAGUACAUGGUUGAUUUAGAAGACCAGUUACCAUCCGCUUACGAUCCAUUUGCUGAGACCAAAGAUUCUAAUGCCCCCGGGGCCAAAGAGUAUGUACACAUACGAGUCCAGCAGAGGAAUGGAAAGAAGUGCCUGACUACCGUGCAGGGUCUGAAUAAGGACUACAAGUACGACAAGAUCCUCAAAGACAUCAAGAAGGAGUUCUGUUGCAACGGGAAUGUUGUCCAGGACAAAGAAUUGGGAAAGAUAAUUCAGCUCCAGGGGGAUCACCGCAAGAACGUCUCUCAGUUUCUUGUUCAGGCUGGCAUCGCCAAGAAAGGCCAGAUCAAGAUUCAUGGUUUUUAAGGACUUGGGUCUUUGUAUUCGUGUUAUGUGCUAAUGGUUUUUUUUUAAGGAUUUGGUUUGGUUUUGCUUGUCUUUUUCUUAUUUUCUUUCUUUGUGUUUUAAUCCAUGGAGAUUUCAUUGGAUUGUAAUGGGAUCCCAUGUAUAGUGAUAAUAAAUAUUUUUAGUUCGUAA